AUGUACGAAGGGAUUGACAACCUGAAAUCCCUUUACGACCGUGCCGGGAAGACUUUCUCCGGCGGUCCUUCUGCGGCACAGGAUGUGCCGCGUCGUACUGCUCAACCAGACCCAGUACGUCAAUCAUCAGUUGGGAGCGGGGCUCCCAAGUAUCCCAGGACGGGGGAUAGCCGCGCCACCGGACGAGGUAACUCGUCCGACGUCCGUUCACAUCGCGGUGGUUCAACAGCUGCUCAACCAGAUAGCGCUGGCCACCGCGAGAGUCCUCUAAUGGAGGUGGAGGAGAAGGGAAAACGCUCUCCAAGCUAUUGUGGGGGAGCGUGUGUCUCCGAGAGCUUCUUUGAUCGCGUAACUCUGCGUUACGCGGAGACCUCGAACAUGAGCGGGACAGGCGUCUUGAACUGGCGGACACUGUCUUGA